CCAAAAUGAGGCUAGACUCUCUCUCUCUUCUCUCUCUCUUUCUCUCCUCACAGCAUAACAUACAUGAUUUUUAUACCUCAUGGCUUUAACAGGUUCUCUUUACCGUAAGCCAUACUGUAUGUGGCAUUGGCUCCAACCCGGAGGAGAGGAUUGCUUGUGGUUGCUGCAUCAAUGGCACACACAACUAUGACAAGAGUUGUUUCAUUGACUGAGAAACAAUUUGAGGACUGCAUUUUUCUCACGCAGAGCGGACACAUCACAGCCAUUGUGUGCAUGCAAGAGAAGCUGCGGUGAUCAACAACAAAUCAAAUGUCUAAAUUGGAGGGACUAGCUGUUGAUUCACAGCUGAAGGCGCCCAAGGUUUUUCCGCUUGGAAUAUCCAGAAUCUUCUUUUCCAGCUUUGACAAUUAAAAUGUGUAKGCUAAUAUAAUGAUUUUAUUACACGCUUGAAGGCUAUCAUGGAUUAUUUGGUUGACUUAAAAACAAUACUACAAAGACUGCAUUGGAUAAUAUUCAUUGUUUGGUGAGCGGAGGAUCUCGAAUUUUCUCCUGGGACGUUUUGUCAUCACCAAGCCGCCAAGCUGGCUAUGGCCGCGGCGAUCGCCAGCUCCCUCAUUCGGCAGAAGAGRCAGGCGAGGGAGCGGGAGAAGGCGAAUGCYUGCCGCUGCGCAARCAGUCCGGAUAAUUGCAAAGCAGGGGACAGGGGACCCUGUGAGAAACCGAGCAAGCUGAACGUGUUCUCACGGGUCAAACUCUUUGGCUCUAAGAAACGGAAGAGAAUAAGGCGACCAGAGCCCCAGCUCAAGGGGAUAGUGACAAGGCUGUACAGCCGCACAGGCUUCCACCUUCAGAUGCAAGCUGAUGGAACCAUCAAUGGAACCAAGGACGAGGACAACAGCCAUGCUGUAUUUUCACUAUUACAUAUUGAGUAUAAUGUUUAUUUUAUACAGGGUUCAGACCAAGCUCUACCGGCCAUGAACAACGACGGCUUCCUUACACUCUCUGACCACUUCACCCCGGAGUGUAAGUUCAAGGAGUCGGUGUUUGAGAACUACUACGUGACCUACUCCUCCAUGAUGUACAGACAGCAGCAGUCAGGCAGGGCCUGGUAUCUUGGCCUCAAUAAAGAGGGAGUCAYCAUGAAGGGCAACCAUGUGAAGAAGAAUAAACCAGCGGCCCACUUCAUCCCUAAACCACUGAAAGUUGCCAUGUACAGAGAACCCUCACUCCAUGACCUGACCGAGUUCUCCCGCUCGGGCAGCGGUACUCCCACCAAGAGCCGSAGUGCGUCGGCCUUGCUGAACGGUGGAGGGAAGACACUGAGCCAGAACGAGCAGUCCACAUAGCUGUGGGGAUCAGCCUCGGGCAGAGGGCGGCUCUCCCAAUCGUACAGUAAGCUGAUCCUCGUCAAACUGAACAGGUGGAGAGCAAGGRAAUUAGCUUAGUGUGUACUGAAACCACUGUGACAGACUAUGACAUCAUCAAUGAAAUAAAUCCAUGAGCUUCUGUGGGUCAACUUUGCUAUGAACUUUGAUACAAAAGGCCUAAACCAUUUUGCUGGUCAGGAGUAUAUAUUCUUCCUUGGAUUAUUCUUGAGCAUAUGUAGCGUAUUACCCAUGUAUAUCUUUCUCCAAGGGUCUUGAGAGGGAGAGUUACUGGCCAGUAUUUAUGUGGUGCGUGAUCGGUCGCUUCCAUGCCUCCUAAAAAWAGCAAUUUUUGGGGGGGUGUUUGAGUCCAAGAAAAGUGUACAUAUCUGCAAGCCUUCUGCCUCGGUCUGACUAUCUGCCAUAUGCAUUGCUUGCCAGCCAUACCCAUUGCGUUCWUUUGUUCCUGUGUACCAAAGACUCAAACCUGUUUCUCUGGUUUUGCUGAAGACAAAAAAAGUCGGAAAAACUGUGGACUAAUCGUACUACAUACUAUUUAGAACAUAGUGUUUGRCAAAAAUGUAUACAAUAAGUAACACAUUUCAACAUACUAGGCUCACUCACACUGAAAAUGCCUCAUCUAAUGCGUUGUUUUUCACCAUUCAUACAUUUUGGUACAACUCUUCCCCUUAUCUGAUUAUCAGCUGUUGCCAAACACACGUUGGUCUGAAAAGAUAUUUCUCUUCCCCCCCAAUAGCAUGUAGCGAACUCGUACUAGAUGAAACGUGAAAUGACUAUGACAUCGUGGCAUUUAAAGCGUAUAACAUUUUCAAAAUUCGACACACUAUAAAACUUUCUUUCGAACGCAAGUAGACUAUGAGUAGGCCACGGAUAAUUGGACACGGCCAAUGUGUGGUUUAUAGRGACUUGUUUUCACAAACCCUCUCUGUUUAUCUAUAUUAUUUAAAGAGUCAGUUUCCAUCUUCAGUUAUUACAUCCGAAAGCCUAACUAGAGACCUCUUGAGUUUUGGGAGAUCUUGUCGUUUGAAUAGGCUACUUACGUCAACCCUUUUACAGCACCGUGUCAUUAGUAGGCUCCUUUUCCAUUCUAGAUGACAUAGCAAACCAUGAACGUACUUUCAUAGUGUAUUUAGAUGUGUUUCCUCGUUUGUUUACGUGUAUGUGUAUUACGUGCUUGCUUGCGUGUAUGUGCAAGGRUAAUAACAUAAUCCUUGAUUUUUAUAAUGUACAAUCAAGUGGGGAUUAUUAGUGARAUUGAGGGCUCUUCCAGGUAMAAUGAUUGUAUGUAUUCUCCUGCAUUGUUCUUUCCUUCCCUGGGGCCAAAUGCACUGAACAAAAAUAUAAAUGCAACAUGCAACAAUUUCAAAGAURUGACUKAGUUACAGUUCAUGUAAGGRA